GGCGGCGUGGGGGCGGUGCCUCACGUCUGGUACAGUCAUCAAAAGCCUCUCUUCGGCGGGACUGUAAUGGCCGGAGAGAUGACGAUCUUAGGAUCAGCUGUUUUGACUCUCCUGUUGGCUGGCUAUUUGGCACAACAGUAUUUACCUUUGCCUACCCCAAAAGUGAUCGGCAUUGACCUGGGCACCACCUAUUGUUCUGUGGGAGUGUUUUUUCCUGGAACAGGAAAAGUAAAGGUGAUUCCAGAUGAAAAUGGGCAUAUCAGCAUACCCAGCAUGGUGUCCUUUACUGACAGUGAUGUGUAUGUGGGGUAUGAAAGCUUAGAGAUGGCAGAUUCAAAUCCUCAGAAUACAAUAUAUGAUGCCAAAAGAUUCAUAGGUAAGAUUUUCACCCCAGAAGAGCUGGAGGCUGAAAUUGGUAGAUACCCAUUUAAGGUUUUACACAAAAAUGGCAUGGCCGAGUUUUCAGUGACAAGUAAUGAAACCAUCACCAUUUCCCCAGAGUAUGUAGGCUCUCGACUGUUGUUGAAAUUAAAGGAAAUGGCAGAAGAAUAUCUUGGAAUGACAGUUGCCAAUGCUGUCAUUUCUGUACCUGCAGAAUUUGACCUAAAGCAGAGAAAUUCAACAAUUGAAGCUGCCAGUCUUGCUGGACUGAAGAUCUUGAGGGUCAUUAAUGAACCUACAGCAGCAGCUAUGGCCUAUGGUCUGCACAAGGUUGAUGUCUUCCACGUCUUGGUUAUAGACUUGGGUGGAGGAACUCUAGACGUGUCAUUAUUGAAUAAGCAAGGAGGAAUGUUUCUGACACGAGCAAUGUCUGGAAACAAUAAACUUGGAGGACAAGACUUCAAUCAGCGCUUACUUCAAUAUUUAUAUAAACAGAUCUACCAGACCUAUGGCUUCUUCCCCUCUAGGAAAGAGGAAAUCCACAGAUUGAGACAAGCUGUGGAAAUGGUCAAAUUAAACCUCACACUUCAUCAGUCUGCCCUCAUAUCAGUGUCACUAACAGUGGAAGGAAGAGACAGCAAGGGACCUCAGAAUGACGACUCAGAGCCACCAAAGGACCAACUCACCCCAGGAGAUGGCCACCAUGUGGACACAGUGCCUGCACCUGACCUUUCUGAAAAGCAACGUGGAGAAAGCCAGGUUUUAUUUGAAACAGAAAUAACCCGGGACCUCUUUGAUACCCUUAAUGAAGAUCUGUUUCAGAAAAUACUCGUGCCUAUUCAGCAAGUGUUAAAAGAAGGCCAUGUGGACCAGACUGAGAUUGAUGAAGUGGUUUUAGUUGGGGGUUCUACUCGAAUUCCUCGAAUUCGCCAAGUCAUUCGAGAGUUCUUUGGAAAGGAUCCCAACACAUCUGUGGAUCCUGACCUGGCAGUGGUGACGGGAGUGGCUAUCCAAGCAGGGAUCGAUGGUGGCUCUUGGCCUCUCCAAGUCAGUGCUUUAGAAAUUCCCAAUAAGCAUUUACAAAAAACCAACUUCAACUGAAUUUGCAAGGAACAAUAAUAAUUUGUGGUCUUGUUUGAUGGUCUAUAUUAUCAAACAACCUCCUCCACAAAAGUCUCUACCUAUAAAGUGUCUCACAGAUUUACUCUAGAGGACAGUUCCAUGCAGGCAAAUUAUGUUUCAGAAUUGGAUGUGACCACAUUGAUCCUAUUUGAUCUUGGAGAGAUUUAUUUUGAUAAAUAUUGUAAAAUUAUGAGAAUUUAGGUAAACUCUUCUAGAUUUGGGAAGUAGUUAACCAUUUACACUUGCCAUUGUAUUCUGUAAACAUUAAACAGUGCCAAUCAUCAGGUUGCUGGUUCUUACUGAAUUGUAUUGGUAGGAGCUGGUAAUUACUUCACGUGGUUAUCACCUGUAACUAUGAAUGUGAUCUGUACUUGAAGGAUUGUUGAUGUCAAGUAUUUAUUGUCUGGGAGAUAGCAGUAUUACUAAGCUGGACAGAUAAUAUUCAGUAACUGCCAUAUAAAAAUUCACUUCUACAAACUCAUCGUCUUGUUAUGUGUUAUAUUCUUGUAAUCUACUAAUAUGUUGAAAAGACCAGUUUCUUUCUAAGACAACUACAGAUUUUGUCCAAGUUUUCUAUGCCAGACAUUAGAAAGUUCCUUCAUCUCUGACAUCAUUCUCUGCUUGGCUCUUUGCAAUUAUGCCUGGUUAGAAAACAGUAGGGAAAUAUUGAUUGCCUUUUAAAAUGUGUUAAUGUCACAGUAAAGCCAUCAUUACUAUCUCAUUUUUGUUAUUCAAGGCUUUUGCAGACAUUGGUAAUUAUUGGUAAUUACUUACUAUGUUUAUGGUGAUUUUUUUAUUUAUCUGUUGGUAUCUUUUCUGGGGAAUAUAGCAUGUACUUAAGUCUAUCAAAUAUUAUUUGAUUAACUUUCACAGAUUUUCUCUCACAUUCUAAAUGAAGCUCAACUGCAAAGGCCUUUUAUUAUUUUAUAUUACUUUCAAACAGUUGAGUUAUUUUAAGUUGUAACACUUAACUUGAUUUCAGAUAUUUGCCAAUAUUGGGAUUAAAUCCAAUGUGGAGAGUAUUGUGGAAAGGUUUCCACAGAUCAAGCAUUUAUAGUAUUUAUUUUGGUUUGGGUUUUAUUUGUUUCCUUUCAGAAAAGACAGAGGGCCAGGUCAGGUGGUUACAAGACUGUAAAUUAGCUACCCUGGAGACUGAGGCAGAAUUCAAGGCUUGACUGAGAUAAUGAUGGAGUUCAGGACCAGCUGGGUACUGUCUGAGACUGUCUCAAAAUAAAAAGUUGAAGUGGAAGGGAAAAAGUCCCAAGGACCAAGAAAGAAAAUAUUGUAGUUCAUGUUAUUUGAAGACAAAUGUAUUUGUUUGCCUUACUGGUGGCAUGCUUUAGAGUGAUAGGCAAAAACUGCAUCCUGGUGGACAUUUUGUUGAAGUAUAUGUUAUUUACCAGUGUUGAAUUUUAAAGGAUGUUAAAAUGCCAGUCACUAUGAAGAAAACUAAGCAAGUUUAUUUCAGUAACAUUAUAACAUUAGGGCUUCUUAUUGUAUAAUGCUGAAUGGUGUUAAUAUUUUUGCAGAUACAUAAGAAAAAUGGUUAGCAGUGAAGUUGCUUUUAAACAUAACUUUCCAUCAACUAUUUUUGUGUACAAAAAUUAUGUAUAGUAGGUUAAAAAGAUGCUGGGGUUUUGUUUUGUUUUGUUUUGUUUUAGACCUAAUGGAGAAAUGCCAAAGACAAGUCCUUCAGUGAAUUAUGAAAAUAUUCAAGUGUUCUCUUGGACUUUGUAUGAAUCAUUAGUAGGCUUUAAAAUUGAAAAAUAUCUCUCUAAACAUGUUUGAGCAAAAAAUUGUACCAUUCUUAGCCGGGCGUGGUGGUGCACGCCUUUAAUCCCAGCACUUGGGAGGCAGAGGUAGGAGGAUCGCCAUGAGUUCAAGGCCACCCUUAGACUACAGAGUUAAUUCCAGGUCAGCCUGGACCAGAGUGAGACCUUACCUCAAAAAACCAAAAAAAAAAAAAAAAAAAAUUGUACCAUUCUUUAACAUGAAGCAAUUUUUGAUUUGACAAAGCAAAAACUUGAAUUUUUCAAAUAAUUUGAUAUGAUUAAAAAUACCUUAAAGGAAGCAAUUUAUAAUUUCAGCUAAUAUGCUAAAUAUCACACUAAAAGUUAAUUUGUUGGGGAAACAGAAUGGCAGUGGUGGGAUUUAACAUAUUCUGUAGUAUAAUUGUACUUUUGAAAUAUGAAGGAAUUUGUCCUCAGUCAUAUGUUGGAGUUAUGUAUAGGUAAUAUUGAUUUGUGUAGUUUAUUUGAAAGCUAAGAAUGUGUCCCGAAAAGGGCCAUUAUGAGAACAAUCUGAAGUCAUUUUUCAUAAAACGACCUUUUUAGUUGUAUGUUUGACUAGUGUUUUUGAAAUAUGUGACUUUAAAAAUAAUGUCUUGUUAACUAGUAUACGUGAAUGAGUAAUUUAUUUUGUAUCAGAAAUGUUUGAUACUGUUUUUUUUUCAUUCAAACCACUAAGUUAUCAAUAGAUACUGCUGUGUAAAAUAUGUACUGAACAUGAUGAUGGUUAUUGUGCAAAACAGAUUGUGCCUAUUAAAUUUAUGUGGAUACAAGAAAUUCACAUUUUACUAUAAAUACCAUUUUGCAAGUUUUUUAAUUGUCUGUAUUUUCCAUUCACAAUUGGGCUAGAGCAUAUUUUUGAUGUAUAUAAAUACAAAAAGGAUAUAUCUGAUCUGAUGCUUAGAGAUUUCAGCCAGUAGCACAGUACAGUUUCCUACAUCCCAUCUCUGGGAUUUCUGAUGUAUUUUCUGCAUUUUCUUUAAUUUAGAAGCAACACCUCCAACAUUGUAUGAUCAGUUCUGCAGAGCUCAAUACUAAUUUUGGCUUCUGGCUAGUGGAGCCAAGAGCCCUCUCCAUCUAUUAGAUAAUAAGUAGUUCAUAUAACAUUUCUGUAAUCCUCUUGUUGAUGGUAAAUACUUUAUAAUAAUUUUUAAUAAAGUUUGUGUCAUUCUUUUGGACAAAUA